AUGGGCUCUGACUCCAUCAAUCCACCGCUGAUGGACGAAGGCAGACCUAUAAUCAUGGGCCCAGUGGCUCAGCGCGCUGUGGAGAGCAACUGCAAUAGCAUCCUCUGUGGACCUGUUGGUGCGAUAUGCAAACUGGUAGGGGUCAAAGUUCGGAAGGAGAUAGUCCUUGAUGUGCUGGAGAACCAGUCUCUCGAAGCACUUCAUGAUUACCGGAGGUGUCGAGUAACUGAUGAGAUUUUGUACCUGGUGCCAAACAAAGAAAACUUCCGGUUGACAUUAAGAGCCAUCAAGCUUUGGGCGAAACGUCGAGGGAUUUAUUCCAACAUUUUGGGCUUUCUGGGUGGAGUGUCGUGGGCCAUGUUGGUGGCCCGGACCUGCCAGCUCUACCCCAACGCUGUCGCUGCUACACUAGUUCACAAGUUCUUCUUGGUUUUCUCCAAAUGGGAAUGGCCAAAUCCUGUGUUACUGAAACAACCUGAGGACAGUAACCUGAACUUACCUGUGUGGGACCCCAGAAUGUCCUGA